GUCUACAUUAAGACAAAAUGGCGGCACCUGUGCAACUUGUGCAACAAACAACCUCCAAGUCAUUCGACUCUGCAAAUGAAGAUGGAGAUGAUAGCUCCAAUGAGCUGGAAGCUAAAGCUAGUAGGGAAGAUGAGGAAUGCUUGUUGGAGCAGCAACCAGGUGUAGUCACCAGGAAAGGACCUAGGUCAAGAUCAUUUAGGAGAAUAUGCUGUCUUAUUCUCAUUGGACUUGCCGUCAUUUUUGUACUGAGUUUCAUACUAGAGAUUGCCAUCACUCUCUCCUUUGUAUUAACAAGUAAAAAUGAGUCUCCUACUAGUUCUAGUUCGCAGAAUCUCCUCACCCUACAAGACGUAUUUGAUCCUUCUCUGCAGACAAAGACUUACCAGGGGACGUGGGUAAAAGGAGGAGAGAUAGGAGGAGGGGACAGUCAGAUCCUUCACCUCUCGUCAACUGAUGGGGUGACGCUAUUCUCACCAUCAGAGAAUGUCACCAGAACACUGUUAGACAAGGAAACUGUUGCAGAUCUCAAAAUUUCAAGUGUUAAGUUAUCACCAAGUGGCCGAUACCUUCUCUUAAUUGGUGACAUUAAGAAAGUGUAUCGUCACUCGUUUAUUGGUAAAUAUUAUAUACAUGCUUUUGAGCCACAGGAGAAUACAUGUACUUGGCUGCUUGACAUUGAUGUCCAAUAUGCUCAAUGGAGUCCUUUUAAUGACGAUGUUUUGGUGUAUGUUAAAGAUUAUAACAUAAUAUUUUAUAAUGCUAUAAACUCUUUGUAUCAGCAGCACACAUUUGAUGGUGAGGAGAAUCAGAUAUACAAUGGAAUCCCAGACUGGGUCUAUGAAGAGGAAGUGUUCUCCACUAACUAUGCUAUAUGGUGGGCACCUGACGGUCAGCAUACACUGUACUGUACCUUCAAUGAUACCUUGGUUGAACAGUUUCAAUUCCCUGAAUACGGCCCCAGGACUGACGAAUAUACACAAAUUGAGUCUAUAUCAUAUCCAAAAGCUGGUUCCACUAAUCCAUAUGUGAAGGUCUGGGUUGUUGGAGCUAGUAAUAUUGGUAAAAACGAGUCACUUGAGUUACCGCCCCCAAACGAGUUUCAAAAUAUUGAUCACUAUGUCUUGUGGGGGGCGUGGCUGAACCCCUCGGUGGCAGGUGUGUCCUGGUCUAACAGAAGACAGGAUAGAGUGAUACACUGUCUGUAUAAUGUCAACGACACUGUUACUGAAUGUAAUCAGGUUUAUACACAAGUCAGCGAUGCUUGGGUUGAAGUGGUGGAGCCUCCAGUGUACACGUCUAAUCACAUGUUCAUUAUUGAUUCAGUCCUGGUUGGUAGUGGGGAUAAGUUCCUUCAUGUUGUUCAAGUUGAUUUACAGACUGGUAAUUCUAACCCCUUGACCACUGGGGAGUGGGAAGUGACUCACAUCAUUGGAGCUACUGAUAACGACUUACUUUAUAUAAGUACAAAGACAAACCCAUGGCAACGCCACAUUUACAAUUUGGUUGGUGAGUGUCUCACGUGUGAUGAGACUGAGUGGACAGGAUCCUGCCAGUACUGGAGUGGGUCUUGUUCCGAUUCUCUUGAGUACUGUAUGCUCCAGUGCAGUGGACCUGAUAUACCAUUCACUAUAACUCUCAAAUAUGAAGGAGGAGGAUUCGUACCAGUUGUGUAUUUAGAGAGAAAUGAGUUAUUAAGAGAGUCGAUUGCGUCAUUUGAUCUUCCAACAGUCGAAGUAGUAACUAUUCCUUCUAAUGAACCUGAUGAGCCUUCCCUAUAUGCCAGGGUUAUGUAUCCUCCAGGUAGUACUAGAGAAUGUGAUAAAACUCAUCCGGUUUUGUUUUAUGUCUACGGAGGACCUUACAGUCAAAUGAUUGGUGAAGUUGCUGUCACUAGUCGUCUCUUCAUUGCUUAUCUUGCCUCAGAGUUUGACAUGAUGGUCGUUAGUGUUGAUGGGAGGGGCACUGGUUUCCGUGGCGACAGUUUCAAACAUUCAGUGUAUCGACAGUUAGGCCAAUUAGAGACAGUGGAUCAACUUAGAGGGGCCAGAUUUUUUCAGGAAAAAUGCUACGUUGACUCAAGUCAUUUUGCUAUUUAUGGAUCAUCUUAUGGUGGAUACAUGGCUGGUAUGAUAGAGUCUAGUGGUACUGGAGUAUUCACUGCUGCUAUAUCACAAUCACCUGUCUCUGACUGGCAUUACUAUGAUUCUAUUUACACAGAGAGGUAUAUGAAUCUACCAACUGAUAACUCUGAUGGUUAUAGAGUUACUUCACUGCUUAAUAGACUAUCCAAUGUGUCUGUGGAGUCCUUACCUCAUUAUUUAUUAAUACACGGAACUGGAGAUGAUAAUGUUCACUUUCAGAAUACUGCCCAACUGAUAUCAGUACUCACUGAAAGAGAAAUCCAGUAUCAACUGAUGGUAGGCUGGUGUACAUGCAACUAUGCAAAAUCUUGAAUAGAAUGGUUGGCA